GCUGACACCCACUGGCAUCCACACCCACACACACAGACACACGCACACCACGGCUCUUGUGCAAGUAUAUCAUCUCCCCACACCACCCUCCGUUGCCCCUUCUCUCUUCCCUUUUCUUCCCUCUCACGAGCAACUCGUCCUACGUUCUCUUCUUUCUCGGUUGCGGCAGCUUUGCAGGCGAUUUCAAAUCUCUUUGCCAAACGAUUUAGACAGACAGUCUAUUAUAUCCCCGAAUCCCUGCUCUGCUCCGUCAUCCGAUAUCUUUUUCCUUUUUUGAUAUAUAUUCUUGUUCGACCUCCAAUCCCCCCCACCGUCUUCCCGCCUGCCACAACGCCCGAGCCAGCGUCUCUACGCCUGCGACUGCGCUCACCCAAGCCAAGUUUACCCCGCCAUAUAUCCCUGCGCCCGCGCGCCUUCAGCUUCACAACUCCGACUUACAACAUGCCCGUGCAACUACUUCCGGCCUCGGCUGCCGCCUUCGCUCCUCGAGCCUCGUCCGUCAAUGUCGUCCUGGGUUCCAAGGUUGAGCCUUGGCUCACACAAACUCUCAAGCGCAUCAACCGAGUAAAGCGUCCUCUCAACAGUGUCCCUCAGCACCAGCGAUGCCUCACUGAGACUCUAUCAUCACCCAAUGCCAUCUGGACCCUCACCUCGAUCAUGCUCCCUAAGACUCCCGAGGCCGACUUUAAGCGUGAUGCCAGCAACCCCCUCGUCGAGGCCAUCAUGAACUACGAGCUCGUCCACUUGGAGGCUUACAUCGUGCACGUCGACAUGGUUCUGCGCAACGAGGUCGCUUACAAGCUCACCAAGGACACCAUCGACACCCUCGUUGAGUACCACAAGGAGGUCUACUGCGUCGACGCCAAGGCCAACACCUACGACUGGUCAGACAAGGAGCAGCAGUGCAAGAAGCUUCACGAAGACUUUGUCCAGGCCAUCAACAAGUUUGUCUUCCGCACCCACGUCUCGGCUCUUGAGGGCCUUGAGGAAGAGGGUGCUGGCGAACUUCUCUGUGGCAAGAGCGAGGAAGUCAAGAACAACAUCUUUGCCCUCAUGAAGCCUCUGCUGCCUCCUCCUCCCCGCGUCGUUGAUGUUGUCCGACAACCCACACUGCUGCCCAGCUCUCCCGCUACCAACAUGUGGUCGCAGGCCGGCAUGCCCGGCAGCCUCCCCGCUGUUGAGUCGUGGAGAGUCCUUCCUUCAAGCCCCAGUGUAACAUCGUCGGCCGACUCCAACACCAGCCCCAUCUGGGCGCCCAUGACCAUGAGCGACCUGUCGCCUACUCCCGCCUUCACCCAGCCUCAGUCCACCGCCGGCUUCUUCUGGAGCUCACCUCAAGUGACAGCACCCAUCCCCGCCCUCCCCCUCCCCAGCAUGCUUGCUCCUGCACAAUGCGGUGUCAGCGUCAGCAUGGGAGGAAUGGGCGGUAUGGGCAACAUGAGCGGCAUGGGUGGCAUGGGCGGCUUCAGCUGGGAUCGAUACCAGGAGUACGCUACCAUCAUGUGA